AUGGACAACACAACAUUCAGAUACAGUCUACUCUUAGUGGAGGGAAUGAAGAUUCCACCUCAGUCAAACCAUCUUGCGUUUAUCUUUCUUUUGAUUGCUUACAUAUUUAUAAUGGUAUUUAACAUUGGGAUUUUGAAUCAGAUCUCGACAGAAAAAAGUUUACAUGAGCCCAUGUACAUUCUGUUCUGCCAGUUACCAAUAAAUGAUAUGAUGGGGGCAAGUACUGUUAUACCACGCAUACUGAAGGAUAUUUUAACAGAUCCCUCUGGACGCUACAUCACCUAUAUGGACUGUGUUUCCCAGGCUUUUUUUACACAUUUGUAUGGAACAAACGCCCACACUAUUCUCAUGAUCAUGGCCUUUGACAGAUAUGUGGCCAUAUGUAAUCCAUUGCGAUACACAUCAAUAAUGACCAGUAAAAUGGUUGUCAAAUUAUCUACAGGAGCCUGGGGUUUUUCUUUUGUGAUGGUGGGGAUUCUGAUCGGUCUGACUGCACGUCUGUCUCACUGCAGAUCAGUCAUACAAAACCACAUUUGUGACAAUCCCUCACUGUUUAAACUGUCCUGUGAAAGUGUGGUGAUCAAUAAUGUGUAUGGAUUAACUUUUACUGUGGUUUUACUUACCUCUUCGAUGGGAAGUGUAUUUGUGACAUAUGUCAGGAUUGCAAUGAUAUGCAUAAAAAGCAAAAACAAAGCAACAAACAGCAAGGCCAUAAAAACCUGCAGCACUCAUUUGACAGUUUAUUUAAUCAUGCUGAUAUGUGGAUUCUUGCCAAUUAUCCUCCAUCGUUUCCCAGAAAACCUGGAAGGUAGACAAAUAUCAACUUUACUUUUCUAUAUUAUACCUUGUAGCUUAAAUCCAAUAAUAUAUGGCUUACAAUCCAAGGAAAUAAGACAAAAGAUUUUUAAUAUUGUGAGGUCAGAGAACAUAUCACCAAGCUUCUUAAGAAGGGGGUGAUAAAGGAGAGCAAUAGUGCGUAUGCCUCGCCCAUAGUAAUCGUCCGGAAGACAGAUGGUAGUCUUAGGUUAUGUGUUGACUACAGAAAAUUGAAUUCAAAGACUAAACGAGACGCUUUUCCUUUACCACGGAUAGA